GUAACAGCACAACUUCCUGCCGCUCUCACCGGGCUAACAUGACUCUGAAUAUGGGCUAUUGAAAACAAAGACACAAACGCGGAUUCUUCAAUGAAGACCUUUAUCUGAUCAAUAGUGACGUCUCUGGGUGUGAGACUAGGUGACGUUAUCAUCAUGCCGUCAGCAAAGGUGCUGAAGAACACCCAGUACAUUGAGUUGGGCAGUUAUCAGUAUUGGCCAGUUCUAGUGCCCAGAGGAAUCCGCCUGUACACUUAUGAGCAGGUGCCGGGAUUCCUGCGCGAAAACCCUUAUAUCACUGAUGGCUACAGAGCCUAUCUGACCUCAAGACUGUGCAUUAAAAGCAUUUUCAUUCUUUCCAAUGAGACAGUAAAUAUCUGGAGUCAUCUGUUAGGGUUCUUCCUGUUCUUCACACUGGGAGUUUAUGACUUGUUGGCAGUGCUGCCUAUGUUAGGAGCAUCCAGAGAGGACUAUGUCAUCUACUCCAUAGGGCUCUUCUGCUUCCAGGUGUGCAUGCUGUGUUCUGUGGGCUUUCACCUGUUCUGCUGCCAUCGCUCGGAGAAAACCAGCCGCCGCUGGAUGGCACUGGAUUAUGCAGGGAUCUCCAUUGGAAUCAUAGGCUGUUAUGUUCCAGGAGUGUUCUACGCUUUCUACUGCAAUAAUUACUGGCGGCAGGUGUAUCUGGUAACCGUUCUGGCCAUGAUGUUGGCAGUUUUCUUCGCCCAGAUUCACCCUCAUUACUUGAGCAAGAAGUGGCAGAAGCUGCGCUCUCUUCUUUUCUGUGCUGUAGCAGGAUAUGGCCUAAUCCCCACCUUUCACUGGAUCUGGAUCAGCGGGGGCUUCCGUUCACAAAUAGUCCAGGAGUUUCUUCCCAAAGUGCUGAUCAUGUAUUUACUUGCUGUAGCUGCUAUUGUCUUCUACAUGUCCAAAGUUCCAGAGCGGUAUUUUCCAGGUCAGCUGAAUUAUCUGGGCUCCAGUCAUCAGGUCUGGCACAUACUGGUGGUAUUGAUGUUCUACUGGUGGCAUCAGGCUGCACUUUUCAUUACCAGCUACCGGCACUCUCACCCCUGCCCAGACCACCCUCUUCAUUCUUAGAGUCACAGACACGCCACUGAAGACUCUGGAACAGUCAGUAUUUAUCAAUAUGAUAGCGAGGUACAUGGAUUUUUAAAUUCUAAGCCAUUUUUAACGUUUUUCUUUUAAUACAUAUACAUUUUGUAUAAGUGCCUAGAUGUUUAAAGUCAAAAUACACAAACAUGUAAAGCAUAGGUCUCAAACUGGACUCCUGGAGGGCCGCAGCUCUGCAGUUUUGCUCCAACCCUAAUCAAACACAGCUGAUCCAACUAAUCAAGGUGAUCAAGACUACUGGAGACUGAUAAGCAGGUGUGAGUUGGAGGUGGUUGGAGCUAAACUGUGCAGGAAUUGAGUUGAGACCAUUGAUUUAAAGGCACCUGAGAAGACAAGGCAGUGUUAGGCUUUAAAAAAACACUUCUUAAAUCAUUUUACAGUAUGGGCUUGUGUGGGUUUUUCUGUCUGCACAAAAUGCACAAUGUCCUAUUAGUAGUUAAGCAUUCAGUGUUUUACUGUCUGUUACCGUUUACCUUUGGUACGUAAAAUUCUCUACUUACUGCGUUUAAUUUAUUACAUUUGUUUGUGAACAUGAAUUUUGAAGCUAAUGUACACUACGUAUUAGUCAUAUUACUGACAACAUUGAAUGAACCAAAGACAUUUGUUAGGGCUUGUUCAGAAUUGGUA